UUGACUGUUUAAUCAACAAAAUAAGAAGAAAUAGAUGGAAAAGAGGCACAUGUGCUCCAGCUCCAGAGUUGCGGUCAUGAAACUAAUCUCGGGUGACAUUGGAAAACGACUUGAGGAGAUGGUGCAGCUGACAGCUCAGAACCUACCUCAGGUGGAGGUCACCAGUAGUUACACCAUCCUUAGAGAGCUGGGCAGUGGUGCCUUUGGGCAUGUAUUGAUGGCAGUCCACCAUCGCCAAGGAACCCCCAUGGCACUGAAAUUUGUACAUAAAAAAGGUACAGAGCUACAUGAUUUCCUUAAUGAAUAUUGCAUUGCACUGACUUUGGGGGCACACCCCUGUAUUGCCACUGCCCUCGGGAUUGCCUUCCAAACCUCCCAACACUAUGUCUUUGCACAAGAAUUGGCAUUGUCUCAUGACCUCUUCACACUUAUGGUGCCAAAGGUUGGCGUACCUGAGCAACAGGUAAAGCGCUGUGCCCUGCAGCUUGCCAGUGCCCUGGAAUACAUGGAAUCCAAAGGACUAAUCCAUCGAGAUGUCAAACCAGAAAACGUGCUGCUCUGUGACCCUGAAUGUCGGCGCAUCAAGCUGACAGAUUUUGGACUGAGCUGCCCAAGGGGCCAAGCCAUUAAGGCCUUGCCUGAAAGUCUGCCUUAUACUGCGCCUGAAAUGUGUAUCUUGGGUCCCAAAACUAUCCUGGAAGCCCAGCCAAGCCUUGAUACCUGGGCUCUCGGAGUGCUGCUAUUCUGUGUGCUAACUGGCUACUUCCCCUGGCUUACAGCUAUGCCCUCUGAUCGGUAUUAUUGCAGCUUUGUCUCCUGGCAUCGUAGCCCCCGUUUUGUAUCACUCCCAGCCCAUUGGGAACGUUUCACUCCUCAAACAUUAGAAAUGUUGAAAGGGCUCCUGACACCUAACCCAGCACUUCGUAGCCCUGCCAAAAUGAUUAUGAAUUACAUCAAAACACCUUGGUUGCUACCGGAAGUAAAGAGUCGUGUCCGACCCAGCAGAGAACUUCUUGGCACUACCCGGAGAUGCUAAAAACCAAGUGUGUUGCAAGGAGAAACAAGAGGCUCUGAAACCUCACCUUAGCUUUUAAAGGACCAAAGAUGUCCAUCACCUGAUGAACACAUUUUGUUUGAUAAAAAUCAGUGAAGCCAGAGAAACAGAAAAGA